AUGUACACCUCCGUGAUCAGCGUGGAUGCGGAAGACGGGGUGGACGCUGGCGAGCCGGGCGCGUGGGAGGGCCCCAGCACGGACCCUGAGGCCAUCGAGCACUUCCCCGCCGUGGAUCCCUCGGAGAACGAGAUCGAGAGCGCCGGCCCCGGCCCCCGCUUCCGCCGGAUAGCUACGUCAGCCGCAACCCUCGACGAACCCCCCCCCCGCCCCCACCCGUAUCUGCCCCAUCCCUCGCUUUGGCCCACCUGGCUACCCCCUCCCGACUUCCUCCCAGCGACUCAGACCCUGAUCUAUACCUGGUCACGUCACCUCCCCGCUCUUCUCACACACCAACAUCACUUCACGGAACCUUCCCUCCCCCCCCCCGCACCCCUCCACCUCGGCAAAAAUCGCAUCGCGAUUUCUGGAUCAUCCCCCAACAUGCAGCCUCUACUUUUGCCUCUAACUCUUAUGUAAAAAUAAUAAAGAUUACAGAGUUGCAAGCGCAUUUUUGUGUCUGAUUUUCAAGCACAGUUUCCUUCCUCAUUUUCUGUCACUUUCUCCGAGGGGAAUGAGAGGUCAUUGGAUUUUAGCGAUGUCAAGAUUGGUGCAUAUUAUAGCAAUUGACAUGUACGUUAUUAUGUCUCCAGAAAGUUUUUGAAUGCUUUUUGCGGUAAUAUAAUUUACUUGAUAAUUGUUUCGGUGCCACAAUUGACCUCUUGCAAAGCCAGGAUUCCUCUUGUGUGUGUAAAUUCUCAAAAUCAGGAUAAACGUCACUGAUUAAUAAAUUUUAUUCUUUGACAACUUUUCGACGAGUGACUGAUAAAAUAAUUUUCAUAUUACCAUUAUGUUCAGUACUUCCCUCUCCUACACC